AGGCAAAUUCAAUUACUCAUUUUGUAUAAGCUGCUAAAUUCAUUGUUAAGCAAUGAAAACCCAAGAAAACCCAGCCAUGGAAACUGAUUGGGAGAGUUGUUAAUGUCUUGUUUGGCUUAGCUGUCAUGGCCCCAUCAGAUGAGGAGGAGUCCCCAUCUUUCCAUACCAAAAAACAGAUUUCAUUGGUUUUAUUUGACAAAAGUUCUUUUUCAUGCAUCAAAUGCUCUUGCAUCCGUUUUUGAAACAUAUAUAGAGACUGAUUGCUGAGAUUUUUGAGGAAUCAAUUCCAAAUAUAUAUAACAAGAAGUCCCUCACAAGAAAGGUCUGGGUUUGGUUAUAACUUAGGCUUUGAGUUUUUCUAUUUGUUUACAAUAUUCCUCCAUUUCUUCCAAAAAAGCAAGCAAAAUUGGUUGUGUUUGCUAGCACAGGAAGUGUGUUCUUUGAGAGAUGUACGGUUUCUCCUCACAGUCACUUUGAUGAGAGAUGCUGGAUGUUGGACAGCAGAAGUGGGGUACUUUGAAAAGCAAAUGAGCUGUCUUAUGGUCUUUUCUGCUUCAUCUUCAUAUUUGAGCAGCAUUGAAUCCUUACCAACAACAAGAUCCCCUGAAAGAUACUUGAAGGUCACCCAGUUUGCUGCUCUGAAGGUCCUGUCGGCAAUAGAAAUACUAGGAGUACAGGUUCGUCAAAAUGCAGGAUGUAAAUUAGAGGAACUUCAAUUAUAAGGACCACUUCAUUGUUGGUUUCUGUUGUAGCAUCUCAGGUUCAAUGUUAAAGUUCAAAGGAGGAGAUGUCAAAGACAGCAACCAUAAUCGGAAUUGCUGCCGGAGCAGUUGCUGUCGUGAUAUUAGUCAUUGGAUUCAUUUGGUUUUGCAAGUCACAGUGCAAGAACUUGUCUAAUAGGAACUCGGAGACAGGUUCCUCAGAUCCUUCUGCACUAGUGGAGUGGAAUAGAGGAGCUGGACCAAGUUCAUCUUCCGGUCAGUCUUUGUUUGCACCACAUGGAGCACAGCGGUUCACAAUGGAAGAGUUGGAGCGAGCUACAAGACAAUUUAAUGAAAGUAACCUUAUUGGAUAUGGAAGCUUUGGUGAAGUAUAUAAAGGUUUGCUGCGCGAUACUAUUGUAGCUAUCAAAAGGCGAGCAGGUGCCCCUACAACAGAAUUUGUUGCAGAGGUAACCUAUCUGUCAGAGAUUCGACACCGGCACUUAGUUUCUCUUCUAGGCUACUGUCAAGAAAAUGGAUCGCAAAUGUUGGUAUAUGAAUAUUUACCAAAUGGCAACAUGUGCAAUCACCUAUAUAAUACUGGACUAGAGUCAUCAACUAGGCUUGAGUUCAAGCAGAGGCUAUCCAUAGCUCUGGGGGCAGCUAAAGGUCUAUGUCAUUUGCACAGCCUGAAGCCUCCUUUGGUACACAGGAACUUUAAAACAGCCAAUGUCUUGGUUGAUGAGAACUUCAUUGCUAAGGUUGCAGAUGCUGGGGUGUCAAGGCUACUCGAAAAGAUAGAAGAAGCAGGUCCAUCUCGCACAUCUACUGCCAAUGUUUUCCAAGAUCCAGAGGUGGGAGCUGCAGGGAACUUCAGUGAAAUGAGUGACAUUUACAGCUUUGGAGUGUUUCUUUUGGAGCUUGUAACUGGACAGCAAGCUGUGAAAAUAGGCUCAUUUGGAUCCAAUGAUACCUUGAUUCAAUGGGUACUAUCAGAACUAAGUACAAACAAUUUUGUUGAUCGCCGGCUAGUGGGAACCUUCACCAUGGAAGGAAUCCGAGAUUUGAUCAGGCUGACACUACAAUGCAUGAGUUUCCCAGGAACUGGGAGACCACGAAUGGACAUGGUCGAGCAUGGACUUGAACAGAUUCGUGAGAAAGAGAUGGCAUUAACAACAAUGAUGGGUGAAAGUACUGCAACAAUCACUCUAGGAAGUGAGCUAUUUGCUUCCAAAUGAAGAGAGGAAUUCAAGUUUCUGGUGUUGUUCCAGUUCAAGCCAAGCUUAAGCUUGAAAACUCCAGUAACAAACCCUAUUUUACCCUGUUUAUAUGACAUAAAAUGGAUUGUCAAAUGCAAGUUUCUGUAAAGGAAUUGUCAAGUAAUUGUCAAUCUGAUUCGCCAAUGAUGCUAAGUACCUUGAGCAUCAAGCAUCUACUUAUAGUCAAAGUAUGAAAUUUUCUUUCUCUGUUGAACCUAUCACUGCAUUCAUGUUAAUCACACCAAAUUUAGGUAUUAAAUAGUAGUUUAUGAC